AUGCCGGCAGAACAGCCAAUAGAUAUGUUAAAUGACACCUUGGCAGAAAUCGUUUACAGAACGAAAAAUAUGCCAAGGUUCAAAAGAUUGGCACGCAGUACGCACUUUGAUGUGAGAGAAGUUGAAGCUUUGUCAAUUAUCCAUCGUAAAUGCGUGCAAAUGCUGGGUCCAAUAAGCAGAUUAAUAUUUCGAAACAUUUUCCACGCUAGUUUGGAUUUCACAAAAAAUAUUCGUCAUUUAUUGAUCGACAGAAUGUUUUCCGUCGUCGACAAACGAAAUGCUUUGCAGAUAUACUCUGAACAAUGGGUCGAAGGUCUGUCGGUGAUUCUUCGCGGAACUUUAGAUGAAAAAAUUCAUUUUGCUUAUAGAGUGUACGAUAACAUGAGAACUCACAAAUUAAAAAAGGAGCAUAUAUUUCCUAUGAUGCGCGGAUGUUUAAUUAAAUUGCAGAAUGAUGAAAACCCAGAAGAAGCUGUGAAGGACUUGAUAGAUUUGUUAAUAAAAAAGCUAGACGUGGAUCGCGAUGGCGCGGUAUCAGAGGAGGAUUUCAAAACCGCCGUAAAAGAGAGAAAUCAACUUCUUUUAGAAUGCAUGGGUCCAGUAUUUCCUUCGAGAAACGCACGUCACGUGUUCCUGUCUACUUUUACAGAUCGUGUAGGAAGAUACUGA